CAUGUUUCCAUAUACGCGCCAAAGAGUCGAACUCGUAUAAACUGGAACUAUCGGCUCAUUUUAUCGCACUCUCCAUAACGGAGAAAAUUUUGAGAAGUCAAAAGGAGAAGAAGCUGAAAUAUGGCACUGCUGUGCUUCGUGUUGGAUUUGCGUAGCUUGUCGCCUCCAGUUCUUCGAGAUCUGAAACAGUCGUUGUUUCAGCUAGCAAAUUACUACGCAGUGUCGCUUCCGAAAAUCAACAAUGGUAUUGAUGGAGGUCAUUCGAGUGCGAAGGCGCUACUUGAUCGCAUUGGAAUCUGUUAUGUCUCCCGGGAUCGAGUUUCUUGUGCCGAUGAGCUGAAGAUUGCAUAUAAUCCACAUGGAAACUUCAAUCUGCGCGAUCUUCACCAUGCUCUAAACAAUGUGCCUACCGAUGCUUUCUCGCUUCAAUCCAGUGAUUCUGGAGCUUUAUGUAGGGACCUGAAGCUGGUUGAUAUCCUGAGUGAAGAAAGUCUGUACACUUGGGGAGGCCAUGACAAAAAUAUUGCAAGAAAAGUGAUUUCGAUAAGUUCUUCUCUUACUGGUGCCCUGAAUUCUGAAACAAUAAAAGCUCUAAUGGAUGCUUCUGACAAGAAUGUUAUAGUGGAACUUAUUUUCUUGGAGCGAACAUUAAACCACCAUGGUGGUAUUGAUCAACUUGUAAAACAGAUUGAUUCUCUUAAAAACUGCUCAUUUCAGUCAUUGAUUCCAGAUCUACAAGUAUUGCAUGGUCUCGUGAAAAGAUGGCUCCGAGAAUUAAUAUAUGACAGAGAAGAACCAUUACAAGCUAGUUUUAUAUUCAAGACCAAUCUAAUGAGCUCAAUGAAUCAGAUAUCCUGCAACUUAUGUGCAUCUUUCAAUCCUAUGGUCGAUGAGUUCUUCUUUUGUGAGACAUGCAGGUGUCAUGGCAUACCAUUGGGUCACUCAAAUAUGAAGGCCAACAAGUCUUUGUCUUGUCCAGUAACCAGUGAUGAUCUUGGAGAUUUAGAUAUUGUUGAGAACUCUGUCAGGGUUGGUGAACAGACAAUCCUCUAUAUGCCGUCUUUCCAGGGUUGUUCGAAGCUCAAGAAAAUUGCAUCACCCAUUGACUUCGAUGUCAUUCAGAGGACCAACUUAGUAUCACUAUGUGAAGGGUUAUUAAUGGGCGCUGCCUACUUUGUUAUUCCAUCAACUUUUAGCCAUUCUGAUGAUAACAACUCAGAGCUAAACAAUCAAGUCUUUCAAGUGGUAUGCAAUGUUCUGAAUUCCCUCGAUCAGGGCCUGGUUUGCUCAUCAAACUGUAACAUUGAAACUGGAAUGGAGACUUCAUUCAAGUGUUAUUAUAUUCUAUUACCUACGGACAAAAGGCUGAUGCUUCUCAGGCGACUGUCAGCAUUGGAGGAGUUCAUGCCUAUUCCUGAUGUUAGCCAACUCACUAGCUGUGUGGUGGAUGAAGAGAUUAAAAACACAGUGCAAGAUUCUUUCCUAAAGAUAGAAAUAAAUGACUACAAUCCCAUCCAGCACGAGAGAGGUUUCCAUAAGAAAUUGAACUUCCUCGUUAAAGAGAGCCUUCAAUUUGGGGCAUUACCUCUCAAAAGUAAAGGAAACUCGGAAUGUCCAGACUUGGAUACAAACAGUCCUAAGGAUGAUCAAUCCUCAGUAAUCACAGAAAACAAACUUCCACUAAGUGACGCCAAACAAGAACAAGACAAAAGUGCGUCAAUCCUUUCAGAAGAAUGGGAAAAGCUAAUAGUUAACGAACUCGGUGUUAUAAUGCACUCUCCCACAUGCAAUCCCGUCUCCAAGCUGGACCAAGCGGUUAUGACUUCACCAUCACAGAAUAAUAACAGCAGGCAGUUGGACGAGAAGACCUCGAGAAUCCUUGAGAGGCUCGAAAUCCCAAGGCAGCUCAAAAGGAAAGCAGUUUCGCCAGGCAGUCUUUCUUCUGAUGUGUGUGCACCGGUAAAGAAGCCUCUGAUACCAUACAAGGCCAGUGAUGUUUCAUCUUUGUCGAGCCAACUGCUGAAGCCCAGUUUCCAGAGGAUUAAAAGGAAGGGUUAACAACGAAUGAUCCUCUGAGAUAGCCAACAAAAGUACAAAGGAGCUCAGCCAUUAUACCUCGAUCAGGAUUUAAAAUGGAAAAGAAACCAGGCUCGGGUCUCGAUCCUUUGCUCUCGGCUUCUUGUUUUUUUUGUGGUGAUACUCCCGGCUUGCUCUCAGAAACGGCCCAGCCUGCUGCCGCUCUCGACCGUGCCCCGCCUGCUCUCAGCCUUCCGGCAAUGCUCUCGACCGCUGGACACGACUACUUCGGGCCUGCGUCAGUCGCGGAUGAGCUCGGGUCGGACUCGUCUGCAGUAUGAUGACUCUCGGCUGCUCCUCGUCGCCGGAAAUU